CCUCAUCGGUGUACUAAUAUUUCAAGAUGGCGGCGCCCAUGAGGAGUGCCAUGCUUAUUUUGACGAAGGUUUCCACCCCUACAAACGCCCGUUUACGUGAGUUUAUCCUCAAGCCACCACUCAGAAACUUUACUGUCACGUCGGCAAACAUGGUCCGGGGAGUGAGAAGACCUCAAAUAAAAGCUCGGCAACAGAAUCGGAGGAACAUCCAGCGCGAUGAACAUGAAGAAGGAUUGGGAACAGAACUGGCCAGUGAAGAAGAUACGGUGAACAGCAUUCCAAACGCCGUGGCAGAAAUUUUGUCAAAGAAGACUAUCAUGAACAACUCUAAAGCUGCUACUGAAGACAGAGCUUCAAAAUUGAAGUACGAGAAGGCUGGAGUAGAUGACAAACGAAUUGGGCGACUAAUGAUGCUAGUCAAGUCACGCAAGGCACGCCAGCAGACAGGACGAGUGAUGCUAGAAGGAAGACGCCUCAUCACUGACGCUAUCGAGUCAGGACUCCAAGCGCACACGAUUUUCUUCAGUCGGCUCGAGAACUUGGAAGGCAUACCUGUACACAAGACUCAAGCAGCGCUGAUUAAAGUGCCAUUCAACGAUAUAGCCAUGUGGUCAGACGUUGUCACAACACAAGGAGUUAUAGGUGUUUUUAGGAAGCCCACCCACACCAGCACGCACCAAUCAGAGUCCUUGAUUCUCCCUUUGACGUUGAUCUGUGACAACAUCCGAGAACCAGGGAACCUAGGAACAAUCCUCCGUUCAGCUGUGGCAGCCCAGUGCGAGCAAAUUCUCCUGACCAAAGGUUGUGUUGACCUCUGGGAGCCUAAGGUUCUCCGUUCUGGUGCAGGGGCCCACUUCCGCAUGCCGAUCAUCGCAAACAUCCCGUGGAAGGAGCUUCCGAAUUACGUGGGCGAAAACGUCACUGUCCAUGUGGCAGACAAUAACGUCUCCGGAGAGGAGUAUUCAACGAGAAGCUCGUCAAGAAAGUCUCCUCGUCAAGUGCAAAAACAAAGGAAAUGGAAUCAGCAUCUUGAAAGCGAUGAGGAUGUUCUGGAUCUUCCCCCAGUCUUGGAAUCCAAAAUGUACCAUGAAGUGGACUGGAGAGUUAAAUCUGCUCUUGUUAUUGGCGGAGAAACGGAGGGUCUGAGUGACGCUGCGCUUGAUAUGUGCGACACAUCGUUGGGUUACCGUGUGCACAUACCAAUGCCAGGAUCCACGGAGAGCCUUAAUUCAGCCGUCUCUGCCAGUGUCAUCAUUUUCGAGGCACUCCGGCAGAAUUUGACUGCAGCGAAAACUUGACAAACAUUCAAUCAAACAUUAAGUUGUGGACCUCAUUAAACACUGUGCCUAUCCCAGUGUUUAUUAAGAAUAACACCAUUAGUCACUGUUUUAUUGCACUGGUAAUUUUACAGAGUUGUGUAAACAAGGCAGAAUUCAUACCAUUUUUAAAAGAAACCAAGUGAUUUGGACUUUUUCAAACAUCCCAGAUAAGAUUUGUGCAUAUACAUUUCUUUCUCCCUUAAUUCCAAACUGUGUCUGAUUUUGCUCACUUAAUUUUUAUUUUGUACAUGUUCAUUUUAUUUAUGAACAGUAUAAUCUACACUUUUAUUUAACUACACAAUCUUUGACUUACUUAUUUUUGGAGAAAUACAACUUCUUAAUAAAUUUAUGAAAGAAACCUGAAUUAAAAAAACAUCUAGCACUGAAUGCUCUAAAAAUUAA